AUGACGGCCAACAAAGAAGGAACGUACUCGGUACCCAGUUUGUUGAAGUCGGCGUAUCACGCAUGUAAUGAGAUCCAGCGGAACAAGUUUAAAGAGCUAAAAGUUCCUUCCGUUACGCAGAGUUCUUGCGAGAAACUGUUCAAAAUCGUGAAACUGAAUUCGGAAUAUGGUUGUCAUGACCCACUCGGCGAUAGGCGGCGGUACAUGUUCGAAAAGGCGCAACCCUUCGUCUUUUAUCAUUUUAUUAUAAACAUAUGUGAUGAUGCUCAGUUUUACGGACAUACUGACUGUCUGAGAUUCACUCUCGAGAUCGGUGUACCCGGGUCAGAUUCCAUGGACAGACACAUAGAAUACCUCAAGUGUGCCCUCAAAACCGAACAUCUUUUGGAUGAGUCGGCGUGCAGCAACUCCACGUUGAACGGGCACUUGGACUGCCUCAAGUAUGCGUUCUUAAACGGAUGCUCAAGUAAGCGUACAUGA